AUGAGUACCAAAGCCAUCGUUAUCGGAGCGUCUUUCUUCUCCGGAGUCACGAUUCUCGUGUCUCUGGUCGCCGCUGGAAUGCUCCUCCAGGAUAUCAACGACUUGUACUACGAUGUUAUGGAUGACAUGACCGAGUUCAGAUACACUGCCAACGAGGCCUGGAAGGACAUGAUCGUUCCAGCUGGAUCAACUGUCGAGGCUAACCUUAUCUUCGGACGUAACAAGAGAUCGGGAGGAACCUGCGGAUGCGGAGGUCAGCCAAACAACUGCCCAGCUGGACCAGCUGGACCACCAGGAGCCCCAGGAGCCCCAGGAGACGAUGGAGCUCCAGGACAAGCCGGAAAGAAUGGAGUCAACGGAGUCGGAAUCGUCAACUCUCAAGAUGUUGGAGGAUGCAUCAAGUGCCCAGCCGGAGAGCCAGGACCAGCCGGACCAGACGGACCAGCCGGAGCACCAGGAGCCGACGGAGAGGCUGGAGCCCCAGGAGCCCCAGGACAAGACGGACAACCAGGAGCCGCCGGAGAGCAAGGAGAUGCUGGAGCACCAGGAGCAGACGGAGAAGCCGGAGCCCCAGGAGCCGCUGGAAAGAACGGACAACCGGACAAGGAGCCCCAGGACCACAAGGACCAGAAGGACCAGCUGGACCAGCCGGAAACGACGGAGCCCCAGGACAAGACGGAGCCCCAGGAAACGCCGGACCAGAAGGACCAGCCGGAGCACCAGGAAAAGACGGAGAGGCUGGAGCUCCAGGACAAGACGGAGAGGCCGGAGGUGCUGGACUUCCAGGACAAGACGCCGCAUAUUGCCCAUGCCCACCACGUACCGCCGCUGUCGAGGCUCAACCAGCCGCUCAAGGAGGAUACAGACGCCGUUUCUCGCACGUCUAAACGACGAUUCUAUUUUAAUAAAAGAUCAUUGCAUUUCAAUUUUUUGUUCUUUUUCUCAUCUUAA